GUAAAAAUACGGAAGAAAGGAAAAAGAGAAGCUUGAAGAUUAAAAGUCAGCAGAGAUCACUGUGGAUAGAAGAGUGAAGAAGAAAUAGGCAAAAGAGUAAAGCUUCUCUCUGGAGGGAGAGACUGAACGUGCCGAGAAUUAAAUCAGGAUGUUUGUUCUGAUCUGGGCAACUUUCCUUUUGUGUGUGAGAGUCAGCAAUGCUGAAACAGGCACAUCACAACAAUGUAAUGGAGAAUACUGCAUCACACUUAGUGAGAGACUAACAGCAGAGGCUGGACUCUGUGUUGUGAUCCCAUGUUCUUUCACUACUGGUUCUGGAUUUACACCCAAACAUAUAGUUUGGUACAAAUGUGGACCAUAUUCAAGAUGUGAAUAUGAUGAUGAAAUAAUAUUUCACAGCAAAAACAAUAUCCACAUUCAGAAUGGCUUUGAAGGACGUGUGUCACUCUUAGAGCCUGAUAUAAGACAGAAGAACUGCAGCAUCAUCAUUAAUGAUCUCAAAGAGUCUGAUUCUGGAUCGUAUCGGAUCAGAGUUAAUGGUGAACGGAAUUGGAGAGAAGAUGGAUUUGCAUCUAUUCAAAGGAUAACUGUCUCAGUUGAAGGUCUUAGUCAGAAACCCAGAGUUAAGAUUCCCACACUGACAGAGGGACAGCAGGCCACACUGACCUGUGUUGCUCCUGGUCUCUGCUCUGGAUCUGUUCCUGAAAUCACCUGGACAUGGAGAGGAGCAGGAGGGACUGAAUCUUACAUUACAGGAAACAGCACUUCUUUCAGGACUAAAAAUCUAACUCCUUUCACACAAAAACACAUUUCAACUCUGACUUUCAACUCCUCUGCUGAACACCACAACACCAAUGUCACCUGUAAAAUCCGCUUCACUGGGGGAAAAACUACAGAGGGGGAUUCAACUUUAAAAGUAAACUAUGUGAAGGAAGUUAACGUCAGUGGGGGCACAAAUGUGAAGGAGGGUGAAACUCUGAAUCUGACCUGCAGUGUUGAAAGUUUCCCUCCAUCUCCUAUUAUGUGGUCUAAACUUGCUUCUUAUAUAACCCUGCACAAUGACACUGGAUCAGCCACACUCUCCAUAAUUAAUGCUACAACUGGAGAUUCUGGACAGUACGUCUGUACAGCAAAACAUAUGAACAAUACCCUGCAGGAAAACAUCAAUAUAACAGUAAUAUCAGCUCGUGUGAAACAUUGUGGUUCUUACAGUACAGUUCUUCCCUGGAUUGUUGCUGGUGUAUCUCUCACUUUGAAUGCCUUCUGCAUAAUCUACAUAUGGUUCCUUUGGAAUUCAAGAAAAAAGGUGAAUCUACAUAAGGAGGAGAGAACCUACAUGUCACUGCAAAAAGCGGAUGCAUCUCCAGAUUAUGAUGUUAUUGCACAACAUAUAAACUGAAAAGUCAGGCAUCAGAUUUCCAGUCACAAGUUUCAGAAAGCUGUGCUGUUGUAAUGGCAGUCUGUUAUUAUUUUGUUAAUUAUUUUUUACGUUGCAUUGUAGGGAAUGUUUUAUAUGUAAUAAACUACACUUUUUAUUUCAA